UAUAAUUUACGCAAAUGCAAUUGUUAUUUUCGAACAAAAAACUUAAGGUAAAUUUUGCUUUUUUAAACUCUUAUUUGCUGAAGCUUCCGGAACCUUUUAUAUCAUAAUUCGACAUCGAAGUCUGUUGAUUAAGCUUGUUAAAUGCAAAUUAAUUAAAUUGCAAGAGCAAUUUAAUUAAACUUUCUCAAAUCGAAAAGCGAGAAUCGAAUGCAGAUAGACAUCUGCGUUAAUUUCUUUCGCGACACCCUGUGCAGGUGGCGUUACUCGUGUGUGUGUGUGUGAGAUGUGAAUAUGUGUGCGUGCGAGUGUAUGCGCACGGUACGUGCAUGAUAUGGCUCUCAGCUGUAUACGGAGUGGAGACGUGAUAGCCGUUGUUGUUUAAUACAACGGAUCGAAUAACGAUAAGUCCAAGUUUACAAUCUAUGUGCCGACAAUCCUCUUUGUGUGGAGCCGCCGCAUCUGUCUCUCUCGAGCAGAUCGAAUGAAAAUACUCGGCUUCGUAGAACGUGAGGAAAAAUGGAUGACGAGAACGCAGGCUGCCCGUACGAUAGCGAGGAGGAGGAGGAGGAAGAGGACGAGGACGCGCAACUGUCACUGCAGCAUCUUCCAGUCGAGAUUUUCUUGCAUAUAUGCUCCUUCCUGGAGGCAUCGACCCUGGUGCACGCUUUGAGCCUAGUGUGCAAGCAGUUCUACCUGAUUCUGAAGGAUGACUCGCUGUGGAAAGCGCGAAUCAACCAUAUAUGGCCGGAUGCCAGCUACCCGCUGUUGCGUCCUGCGAGGCCGGACAAGCUGUUUUGGAAAUUGUCAUGCGUCGCGAUCGAGAAGCAAACGGCGUUAUGGAGAUAUCAGAAUUCCACGGAGAAACUGAUAAUUGCAAAUGCACAGUACAGCACAAUCGAUGCUCUAUUACUGAUGCACAAUGGAACCACGUGCAUCGCAGGCGCAAGAGAUCGCACCCUGGUUUAUUGGAAACUUCCCUCGCACGAGAAGCUACCCUCUCACGAGAUCGGCAACUCCGUCUGCAUAGAUUCCGCGCAUAACGGAUGGAUCUGGGACCUGACCGCGAUAGAUAAUACGAUCUACAGUUGCAGUUGGGAUCAGAGCGUCAAGUCGUGGAUGCUCAUGAGCACCGGCCUCGUCCAGCAGAGAACCUACGAAAUGAGUGUACCGGGUGCGUUGCUGUGCGUGUCGUCGUGUCCAGAACAGUCUCUCUUCGCGACCGGCUCGUACAGCAGAACCAUAUUCGUGUUCGAUUCAAGAUCGGGACACAAGCCGAUCAGGCAGUAUCGACCACACAACGGGGCUGUGAUUAAGCUGGCCAUGAACUCGGAAUACAUUUUGUCCGCCAGCGAGGACAAAACGGUGUCGGUUUGGGAUCAGAGGGCUGGACGCACCAUGAAGUCUAUUACGAUUUCAGGUGAAGCAUUUCCCAUGUGUAUGAGCAUGCAACGGGAUUGGGUUUGCGUCGGGGACAGCACUGCUAAGUUGCACGUGUUAAAUCCAAAGAACGAUUUUGAGCUAGUGAAAUCUUAUUCCACUGAACAUACGAAAGGGAUAACGGGGGUACAUUUGACGCAUGGAUGCCUGAUAACAAGCUCCACGGACGGCACUGUCAGAAUUUCAAGCCCUACGGAUCCGCCAAAGCCCAUUACUACUUUGAUUUCGGGGUUCGGAGAAAUUGCUAGCAUGGACUAUUUGAAUGGGAUUCUCGCAAUAUCUGGUAUUGAUAUCGCGGUGUGGCGCCCGAAAUCAACGUGUUCAACGAGACAUCAAUGAACGGAGAAUUUCUAUACAUGUUCUAUAGCUAUUCUAUAGCUAUAUUGCUUUAAUAUGUAAUAUAUUCUUAGUUUUUACUAAAAUACUAUUUUAAAUCUCGACAAUGUAAUAUAUACCGUUCCGCGAAAUUAAAAUUAUAUCGUAUCGUUCUGUUGAAAAUUCGUUUUAGUAGAAGCUUCACUAACAUUGCCUACAAUUAUAAGCUAAGCUUAUAAUUAUAGCAUAUUCAUAGUGUAACCUUUUACGUCAAAAAAAGGAAAAAAAACAUAUUUUUAUAGUAUAGUUAAGUUCCACAAGCAUUUAAAUAAAUUUUAUACAUUUAUUGUACGUCAUAUUAUUGUAUUGUUGUUCGUCGUUUUACAAGUUUUCUGACGAGUGUUACAUUUUAAUAAUUUAUUUUCUUCGUAUAAACUGCAAUGUUUAAAGAAUACUCUUCGAAUACUAGACACCUGUUUAUAACAUUUAUAAACAAAAAUACAAGUCAUGUAUUCGAAUAACAAA